GCGAGCCGCAGUAGCCUGCUCUGCUGCCCGCUGCCGCUGCGUCGCGCAGGAGCCCGGCAGAGGAGGCUGCAGCCGCCAUCCGCAGCCCGCGCCUCAGUCCGUCGUCGCCGCCGCCCUCCCGCCCGCCCAGGGCGCUCCAGGUCGCACCAUGGUGAAGGUCACGUUCAACUCGGCUCUGGCCCAGAAAGAGGCCAAAAAGGACGAGCCCAAGAGCGGCGAGGAGGCGCUCAUCAUCCCCCACGACGCGGUCGCCGUGGACUGCAAGGAUCCAGAUGAUGUGGUGCCAGUGGGACAGAGAAGAGCCUGGUGUUGGUGCAUGUGCUUUGGACUAGCAUUCAUGCUUGCUGGAGUCAUUCUUGGAGGAGCAUACCUAUACAAAUAUUUUGCACUUCAACCAGAUGACGUGUACUACUGUGGGAUAAAGUACAUCAAAGAUGACGUCAACUUAAAUGAGCCUUCUGCAGCUGCUCCAGCUGCCCGCUACCAGACGAUUGAAGAAAAUAUUAAAAUCUUUGAAGAAGAUGAGGUUGAAUUCAUCAGCGUGCCUGUCCCAGAAUUUGCAGAUAGCGAUCCUGCUAACAUCGUGCAUGACUUCAACAAGAAACUCACUGCCUAUUUAGAUCUUAACCUGGACAAGUGCUAUGUGAUUCCUCUGAACACUUCCAUUGUUAUGCCACCCAGAAACCUGCUGGAGUUACUUAUUAACAUUAAGGCUGGAACCUAUUUGCCUCAGUCAUACCUGAUUCAUGAGCACAUGGUUAUUACCGAUCGCAUUGAAAACAUUGAUCACCUGGGUUUCUUUAUUUAUCGACUGUGUCAUGACAAGGAAACUUACAAGCUGCAACGCAGAGAAACCAUUAAAGGUAUUCAGAAACGUGAAGCCAGCAAUUGUGUCACAAUUCGGCAUUUUGAAAACAAAUUUGCCGUGGAAACUUCAAUUUGUUCUUGAACAGUCAAGAAGAACAUGGAGAAAAAUUUAAUACCACAGCAUAACCCCACCCUUUGUAUUUUGUGCAGUGAUUAUUUUUUAAAAUCUUUCAUGUAAGUAGCAAACAGGGCUUCACUAUCUUUUCAUCUUGUUAAUUCAAUUAAAACCAUUACCUUUAAAAAAAUCUUUUCUCCUUUCUAAGUGUGGUGUCUUUUAUAUUCAAAUUAAUAAAUGUACGAAGUUAUAGACUAUAGUACAUUUCACCUUAGAGCUUAGGUAUUAGGAAGAAUUAAAAUUUCUUUAAAUCACUUAUCUAGAUUUUUAUGUUUUAAUUAUGCAUUUUCAAGAAGAGGGGUUAUCUGAAGAAUAUAUGCAUAUGUUAAAAUGGACCACAGUGACUUAUUUGUAGUUGUUAGCUGCCCUGCUACCUAGGCAUUUGAACUCACAUUUUCAUUUUCCUUUAAUUAAAAUGUGCAGUAUUUUCAGUGUUGCAUUUAACUAUUUAGAGUAUGAUUUCCACCUGGAUGUUUUAAUACCCUAGUUAUUUGCUGCAAUCAUAUUUUAGAAAAUGUUUGGAAUUUAAGAAAUAACUUGUAUUACUAAUUUGUAUCACCCGUAUCUGUGCAAUAGAAUAUAAAUAUCACAAAGUUGUUUGACUAGACUGUGUGUUGUUUUUCCCAUAUAAUAAAACCAAAGAAUGGUUCAUACCUUAAGACAUCCACGUGAAGAAGAAAACUAUUUUUUAAAAAAAUCCUUGUCUAUAUACAAUGGGUAAAUCAUAAAUUUAAAAAAAAUAAAAAUAAGCCAUUAAUAACCAAACCAGAUUCUUUGUGGAUACUAUUAAAGUAACAUUUAAGACUCAA